UUAAUGAUUCCUGGUAGUCGAAUUAACACGAAACGUUUAUUAUUCUUAACGUUGCAAUGGUUGUAGUUAUACAGUGAAAAAUUAAUUUUAACUUUAACUUUUCUACAAUGAAACGGUUUAGUUUAUGCUUUUUGUUUUCUGCAAUAUUGUUUGUAGGUUCAGUAGAAAACACAUCCAUUACAUAUGUAACAUCAUAUUUGCCGAAAGGAGUAAUAAUGACAACAUCAGACAUACACAAAGAAAGCAUCAAUGUGCUAAAACCCUUGAUUUUUAUAUUUAACGAAAAAAACACACACAAUUUAUCCGGCAUAAUAAACGAAUACUUAAAAAAGCAAAUCACAAACGUUUUUAUAGUCGAGUAUACUUUAAACGAGGAAACUACCAAAGCAGCAAACAAAGUUGUUAAUGAAGUGGCUGAAUUUAUAGCGACCAUUUUUAAUAAAACAGGAGAAGAGUACCUAAACAUUCACUUGGUCGGAAUUGCGUCUGGAUCUCGGGUGGCUUUUGCGGUCGCUCAACGACUUCCCGAAUUAACUAAAAGAAAAGUAAAUAGGCUUACCAGCUUAGAGCCCACUUACAGCUUAAUUAAUAAUGAAAAAGGCGGGCCAAACGCUGAAAUUUUAAGCAAAAAUGUUAAUUUCGUGGAUACGGUGCACUCUAACUUUAAUGAAAAUGAAACUCGCCUGGGAGAUGUCAAUUUUUAUUUGUACAAAAAAGAUUGCGUACACGAUAAAUCAUUAAGCAAAAACUCCACUUUAUCAUUGGAAACUUUUGUCAAAUCGAUAAACUCAAACAAUUUGAAAGCACUAGAGUGUGAUUCAAUUGAAAACUUGGAAAAUGGAAAUUGUUUAUCUAAAAAGAAGAUUGUUUUUGGUGAAAAUGUUCCACAAGAUGCAAAAGGCAGUUAUUUUUUAAUCAUAAAACUUUAGAAUAGAAUAAUUAAAACACUUAUUUUUCGCAAGCAUUUUAAUUUCGUAGAAAAAUCCAAAGUAAAAAUUUCAAUGUUUACAAAUUAUCACAAUAAAGGAAAUUAAAAAUAAUGUUUGUUAUAUCUAUGCCUAA